AUUGGUUCCCCCAGCGCAUGGAGAUGGUUGGAGGGCUGCCAUCUAGUGAACGAAAAGAAACAUUCUUCCGGCGAACUUUCUAGCUAGCUAUUUCCUGCGUGUGACGUAACACGUCCUCCAAAUCAAAGCUGGUGUUCUAACGUUAGGUCGUGUCUUCUGCCGGUGUUGUCCUUGCCAAUUUUAGGACUAAAAUCAUGGUUUUCGAAAACAAAAUGAUAAUGAAUGGGGAGCCUGAUGAUGAGGAGGAAGAGGCACCGGCAGAGGAGGAAGGAGAUGAGGAAGAGGAGGAAGAAGACAUGGUGGAUCCCUUAGAAACAAUACGGGCAAAGUGUGAGGCGUCAGAGCACUGCACCCACACAAGGGAGAGGCUGGAGGCCUGCACGGCCCGAGUGGGCUCAAGAUCACACACACAGGAGGAAUGCACAGAGGAACUCUUCGACUUCCUACAUGCACGGGACCACUGUGUAGCGCACAAGCUCUUCCACAACGUCAAAUGAACUUCUCCAUUCUUCGUCAAUUCCAGUAGUUUAUUGCAGCUGUGGAAUCUGUUAUAAAUACUACAGAUGUGCAGUGUCAGGGAAAGCUUGAGACCAGAGCCUGUGUUCUACCCAUGAAUGUUAAUAAAUUAGAUCUUGUUAGUUUUUUUUCUGGACAAAAUACAGUUCUGUAUACACCAGCAGCCUGAGCCAUUACACAUAUGUACAUUUUAGACUGUAUAUGGCCAACCUGCUGCUUGUAUUGGUGAUAGAUGCAAACUUCUCAGAUCUUUGUGGCCAGUAAAUGAAGACUGGCCAGGAGUUUUACUGCAUUAAAAUGUCAAGCACUG